AUGAAGAAUUUGCAUUUGAUAAAAACCCAGAAUAAUGCGGCUGGCUGUGUUGCCAGAUCGUGUGCUUGUGCCAUAUCUUUAUUCUUUAUCUCAUCAACAUUGGCUGACCCUCGUAUUAUCAAUGGCACCCAAGCUGUGGCGGGUAACACUAAAUAUGUGGUCUCUAUACGAUUGAAACGUUAUGAAAGUAGUUUUGGCAGUGGUCAUAUCUGUGGUGGAUCCCUGAUUGGUCCUAAUAAAGUGCUAACAGCUGCACAUUGUCUAUACAAUAGUGAGAAAAAACGUUAUCGCAAACCAAACGAAUUUGUUGUUGUCUUGGGUGCCUUGAAUCGUUUUGAACGUGUCAAUGGCACAAUUGUUUCCGAUGUCAAAUCGAUUGCCUAUAUGAACACCUUCAGCAUGGAUACAAUGCGCGAUGACGUUGGUUUGAUGUUUUUGAAAACUGGUUUACCGGCAAAUAAGACCCAUUUGACAGUGGAACCGAUUAAACUUGCCAAUGCGUCAACACCAACGGGUGUGGUGUGUCAGGUAUCGGGUUGGGGUAAAACGGAAAGGGGUUCCCUAUCGCCAAUUCUGCUCACGGCCAAUGUCACAACCAUAUCGAAAACGGUGUGUUCCAUUUCCUAUAACAAUGGCAUUUUGAAUGGUAUGUUAUGUGCGGGUCAUCUUCGUGGUGGCACUGAUUCAUGUCAAGGUGAUUCUGGUGGUCCACUGGUUUACAAUAACACUCUAGUGGGUGUGGUGUCAUGGGGUUCAGGUUGUGCCCAACCUGGUUUUCCGGGUGUCUAUGCCGAUGUCCAGUAUUACUAUAAAUGGAUUAUGGAACGCAAUGCAGCUAUGGGCCGAUCUUUAAGCAUAUUUAGCAUAAUUUUAGCUGUAGUAUUAGGAUUUGUAAAUUGUUUAUAA